AUGUCGAAUUCACAGAAAGUUGAAAUUGUAGAGGGCAAAGAAAAUCGGACACAAUCGCCAUUAUGUCGUCAGUGUCAUGCUAAAGUGAAUGUUAACGUUAAGGAAGACACAACGGGUUUUGAAAAAGCACUACAAAAAUAUUAUCCAAAAGCAAUAUUGAUCAAUGAUUUUGUUUUCAAAACAAAACAGGCUCUGCUGUCAGAAGGUUUCUAUCCACAGGUGAACACGAUGGCGUGUGUUGGCUUGUGCCGAGAUGAAAUAACAAGUCCAUUCAAAGUUGCUAUUGAAACAAUAUAUGGUUCGGCGUUUUCAUGUGGUGCACUAGGUGGAUUACUGCUCUGCGGGAAAACAGGUUUCAGUGCGGCACAUCAUCAUGUACCCGAGAAGAAGGCGUGUUUAGUUUAUUUCUGUUUUACUCACACCGCCAUCAACGAAAAAGGAGAAAUAGGGCAGGUGUUACGAAAUAAAACAGGUAUGACACAAGAAUCAACAGCUUGUGGUGCACUAAUGGCAUUCACAAAUGAAUUGAAAAAAGGUAUUAAAGAACCUAUUCAAAUCGAUGAAAAUGAUGUGGAAAUGACAAUGCUAAAAAAACGCUUGAUGGCAUCAUCGUCCAAAGUAACUCCGACUCUAUUCGACGUAACAAAUGCUGCCUAUAAAAUAAUUACUAAUGAUUUAGAACAUCAUUCAUUGGAAGAUUCGAAGCACCAUCCAACGCGACAAUAUGCCUUAUUUAGCGGUGUUCAAAUACAUGGUCCCGAUGGUCACGAUUAUGUCUGGUUAGGAAAAUCGAGUUUAAUUAGAGAUGGAAAAACUCAAUCGUUUGCUUUGUGA